CUAUCCACUUCGAUUAUUUUCCUGUCAAUGCCCCUGACUUCUUUACCUUCAAAGGUUCAAAACUUUGAUUUCUGAAGCAAAUCUUCAGAAGAAUCUCAACUUUUUCAUACCUUGUGGAUUGAGAGCUGGUGAAUUCAAGAUGUUUAGGGAAUUCCUUUCUUUGCUGGCAAUUUUAUGGUUAUGUUGGUCGCCAUCAACUGGCGAAGCCCAAGCUGAGUAUAUGAAGUACAAAGAUCCGAAGCAGCCAGUGGCGACUCGAGUUAAAGACUUACUUAGUCGAAUGACGCUCGAGGAAAAGAUUGGUCAGAUGGUGCAAAUUGACAGAAGUGUUGCCAAUGAAGGGGUUAUGAGAACAAACUUCAUAGGAAGUGUAUUGAGUGGUGGUGGCAGUGAACCACUGCCAAAAGCUACUGCUGAAGAUUGGGUUAAUAUGAUCAAUGGAUUUCAAAAGGGGGCUUUGGCUAGUCGACUGGGAAUUCCAAUGAUGUAUGGCAUUGAUGCUGUUCAUGGACACAAUAAUGUCUACAAUGCCACCAUAUUUCCCCAUAAUAUAGGGCUUGGAGCUACCAGGGACCCUAACCUAGCAUAUAAGAUUGGUGUUGCAACUGCUUUGGAAGUCAGAGCUACAGGGAUUCCUUAUGUUUUUGCCCCAUGCAUUGCUGUUUGUAGGGAUCCGAGAUGGGGUCGAUGCUAUGAGAGCUACAGUGAGGAUCCCAACAUUGUAAAAGAAAUGACGUCAAUCAUACCUGGUCUACAAGGAGACAUCCCUGUGAAUUUCCGGAAAGGAUCUCCAUAUGUUGGUGGCAAGACAAAGGUAGCUGCUUGUUCAAAGCACUUUGUUGGAGAUGGUGGAACAACCAAGGGAAUCAAUGAAAACAACACAGAGAUUGAUUGGCAUGGGUUGCUUAGCAUUCACAUGCCUGCCUAUUCUGAUUCCAUCCUUAAGGGGGUUGCUACAGUCAUGGUUUCAUACUCCAGUUGGAAUGGGGUGAAGAUGCAUGCAAACCGUAACUUGGUUACUGGCUUCUUGAAGGAUACCUUGAAGUUUAAGGGAUUUGUAAUCUCUGAUUGGCAAGGUAUUGACAAGAUCACAACACCACCUGAUUCAAACUACUCAUAUUCUGUUGAGGGGUCCGUUGGAGCUGGCAUUGAUAUGGUGAUGGUCCCAUACAAAUACUCAGAGUUCAUCCAGGAUCUUACAAUUGCAGUGAAGAACAAUGUCAUUCCAAUGGAGCGUAUCAAUGAUGCUGUUGAGAGAAUUUUGCUUGUGAAAUUCACCAUGGGUCUGUUUGAGAAUCCUCUGGCUGAUCUCGGUUUAGUCAAUGAGCUUGGGAAACAGGAACACAGGGAUCUAGCAAGGGAAGCUGUGAGAAAAUCACUUGUGCUGCUUAAGAAUGGAAAAAAUGGGAGUACUCCACUCCUUCCUCUCCCUAAGAAAGCCUCAAAAGUCCUAGUUGCUGGUACUCAUGCUGAUAAUUUGGGGUAUCAGUGUGGUGGGUGGACAAUCAAAUGGCAAGGAUUUAAUGGCAACGAGGACACGAGGGGAACAACUAUUCUUGGUGCUAUAAAAAUGGAAGUUGAUCCUAACACAGAAGUUGUCUAUCGUGAGACCCCUGAUAGUGAUUUUGUCAAGUCCAGCGACUUUGAAUAUGCCAUUGUUGUUGUUGGCGAGCCUCCUUAUGCUGAGACUGCUGGGGACAGCACAACACUUACAAUGGUCGAUCCUGGCCCUGAUAUCAUCAAGAAUGUUUGUGAGAAUGUUAAAUGCGUGGUUAUCGUUGUUUCUGGCAGGCCUAUUGUUAUUGAACCCUAUGUGUCCUCGAUAGAUGCGCUUGUGGCAGCAUGGUUACCUGGCACAGAGGGUCAGGGUGUGACAGAUGUCCUUUUUGGUGAAUAUGGAUUCAGUGGGAAGCUUCCAAGAACAUGGUUCAAAUCGGUGGAUCAACUCCCAAUGAAUGUAGGAGAUCCUCACUAUGAUCCACUUUAUCCUUUUGGUUUUGGACUAACAACUGAAUCUGUUAAGGAUCUCGUAGCAAGGUCAACCUCAGCUGCUGCUGGUUUGAAUGUUUCUAUAUUUGCUGUAUUGAAGACUGUGAUCUUCAUCUUAUUAUUUUCCAGGUGAAGCGGAAUUUAUGGGGGAGUUUAUUGAAGCUGGCUGAUAGAGAUCUAACUUAAAAUUGUUGCCAGCAUUUUUUUAAACCUUCAUUAAUGGUAAUUCAUUGUAGUGGGAGAGUCCCAUCAAAAUUUGUAGGAACAAUUAAUUUGAACUAUUUUUUUAAAUUAUAAUUGAUCCUUUCACUAUUAAUAGAAUAGAAUUCGAUUUC